AUGACCGAUUCCAUCACCCGCCUCCACAUUUCACCUCUAUCGCCCGCUCUGCUGGACUCGAUCCUCGUGCCCUCAAUCCGUCCUUUAGCGACCGAUAUCUCUUUCCAUACUAUCCCCACAUUCCCCGAAAACAACUACGGCUUUGUCAGUCUUCCUUCCAUGGAGGCAGACAAGCUCAAGAAAAAGCUCAAUGGGUCCAUCUUGAAAGGCAAAAAGCUCAAGGUUGAAGCCGCCAGGGCUGAUCCAAGCAAGAAGAAAGCCCGGGUUGACGACGACGACGCUAGUGAAAAAGUACCCUCAACCAAGCUGAAAAAAACAUCGAAACGCAAAGCGGAAGACAGUGUGCUUGAUGGAUAUGAGCUACCGGCAGACAGAAAAGUGAAACGAGGGUGGACGGAGCCUGCGAGCGCCAAGAAAUACAAAAAACAGACCAAGGCCGAGAAGGAAGCUAGAAUAGCUAAACCGCAGUCCAAAUCAAAGUACACGGAGAAGGCAGAGUGCUUAUUCAAAAUCAAAACGCCGCCAAAUAAGACGCCCGAUGCAGCAUCGAAAAAGAACGCGAAGUCUAAAAAGCCCAAGGCCCCAAAUGAGGUCGUGGUCCAUGAGUUUUCACAGACGAUCUCGCAUCCAUCUUUUCUGAAAUCCACGAUGGGGGAGAAGCCGGUUACUGCGGGCUUUGAGGAGGGUAAAGGAUGGGUUGAUGAAAAUGGCAAUGUUCAGGAAGUAAUAGACAGCCAAAAGACCAGAACGGCCGACUAUCACCCAGGGAAAAGAGACGGCGCCAAAGAGCGAGUUGCUGUCAAGCAGAGGAAGAAAUCUCCCUCCCCUGUUGCUGUGUUUGAAUCUGGAAAAGAGGACCAAGACUCGGACUGGACUUCGUCCAGUGGCCCCACGGAUAGUGAGAGCAGCGACUCCGACAGCGACUCUGACAGUGAUAGCGGGUCGGAAGCCUCGUCAAGCAGCGAUGCUUCGUCAAUAAGUAGCCACGAGGAGAAAGACUCUACUUUAGAGACGCAAGUGGAUAAACUAGUCACGAAGAAGGAGACUGUUAAGAGCGAUGCCAAACCAGAAGCAGAAGCGGAAGAUUCAAGCAGCGGCGAUGGUGAAGAUAAUGAUAGCUCCGGCGAUAGCUCCGAGGCCGACAGUAAAGCUCAUUCACCAGCGCCUCAAGCUACUGAAGUCACGACGGAGACCAAGGAUGUGCACCCCCUUGAAGCUCUCUUUAAACGUGCGGGUCCAGAUGAGAAGCUGUCUCUGGAUACGGGCAACACGUUCAGUUUCUUUGCAGGCGAUGACGACGAUAUCGAGGAUGAAGAGGAAGUCCCACCCGAGUCCCUCGGACCACUAACGCCGUAUACGAAUCGGGACCGUCAAGUUCGUGGCGUGAGAAGUGGCGCGCCUACACCAGAUACCGCGGUUUUCCCUCGUCAUAAAUUCCUAUCGUCCGCCCAAAGUGACGCGGACGAAGAUGAGGAUGAGGAUAUGGAAGAUGUGGAUGGUUACGCCCAUAGCCAGGCACCGGAAGCAACACCUUCCAAGACACGAAAUCAGUCUUCCUCGCAGCAGCAGCAGCCGGAAGAAAGCGACUUUGUGAAAUGGUUUUGGGAACACCGCGGAGAAAAUAAUAGAGCUUGGAAAAGGAGAAGACGAGAGGCUGCGAAGGACAAGAGACAGCGCGAGAACCGGCGCAAGGGUUUGAAGGGAAGAGGGUAG